AUGAAAACAGCCUACCUCAAUUUCAAACCAGAGGAUUUCAAACCAUUUGGAGAAGAUGAAGUUGCCUUAUUUAGGGCUGUGUCUGCCUUAAAACUGAAAAUAGCAGGAAAGUCCUUGCCUACAGAAAAGUUUGCAAUUUGGAAAUCCUGGUGAUACAUCUCCUCAGAUCCUGUUCUACUUCCUGUGCCUGCUUUGCUAAGAUGGAGAGGCUUUCCAUACAGUGUUUCACAGUACCAGACACAGCCACUGUGGGACAAAAUGGAGUUGGUGGGCACGAUCACACAGAUUUGUGACCCUACCCUCCACAAGCCAGUACAAGAAGUGCACCAUUUGGGGGCAGCCAAUGAGUUUGAUUGGAGCCAAGACCAACUAGAGAUGAUAUAUGCCUGGAAUGGUUGUGCGGUGAUUGGAAAGUGUCUUGAUCCGACUGAAGGUAUUUUGAACACUUUGGUAGAUGCAGAAACAGCUCUGGAAAAACACCCAGGUAACUCAUGUCUAAUUUCAGAAGAUGCAUCAUUGUACAGGGUGAAAGGCAGUUGGAGAGAUUGCAGUUGUCUUGUGGAGUCCAAAGAAGUUAAACCUAUUAAUCAAUUUUUCUUUCUUUACUAUAAUAAGGGAACUAUGAACAGAAUGGAUAGGUUUUCAGCACCUUCCCUCUCUCUUCUGUUCAAAGUAAGCACAUCUUAUUAUGCCGUGAUGCUUGUUGUUUGCCUUGUCAGCCACAGAUAUGUUGAUGGCCAGUGUGUGAUAAGGCUGCUGAAAGAUUUAUCCCUGAAAUCGGGCAAGAUUUCAGAGGCAGAGGACCAUUUUACUUACAUUCACUUCAAGUCAGUGUCUGCUCCUGAGAAACACAGUAUUAGCAUGCUAACAAAUAGUGUUAAUACCAAGUGUGUUUGGUUAUUACACUGUGUGAUCCCUCGACUGAUGGACAUCAGUAAUUGUGUGUAA